AUGAGUUGUGAUUGUUCGUUGUUAAGCAUUAUGCUGAAGAUUUUUAUUCUCGUUGGUUUAUUAAAUUUCGUCAGUGCCCAAUAUAAAGAGGGUGGUAAUUACGAUGUUUACGUUCGAGCUCUAGUGCCAAAUUAUGGAAAGAACCACCAAGAAGAGGAAUAUUAUGGAAAGGCUACACCUUACAGUUUCGGUUACGACUUGAAGGACGAGCAUGGCAAUAAUCAGUUUCAUAGAGAAGAGAGUGACGAACAUGGUACUAAAAGAGGAUCAUACGGUUACACCGAUGCUUAUGGUAUAUAUCGCCAUGUCGAAUAUGUAGCUGAUGCACUAGGAUUUAGAGCAACGAUAAAAACAAACGAACCAGGUUUAUCUCAACAAAAUCCUGCUCAUGUUAAAAUGCACGUGGAAGACCCUCCAGCAUCUUAUCAUCAAAAUUCUAUAGCUUAUUCUCCUACCCAUUCUCAGCCUCAACUAACGUAUGCACAAGGGAAAUAUGAAUAA